AUGAACAAGCAUGAUAACCAAAAAAAAACUUGGGGGCGGAUUUCAUUGCCCAUAUACAUAAAGGGGCAUCUGUUGCCCACGGCGUAUACCUCCACCAUACGCCUUGGAGGCCAGCGCACUGAGAAUCCGCGGCAGGGGCUAUGUUCGGAGUCUGCCUCUAGACAAGGCAAACCUGGCGAGCGCGGCAGAUUCCAUCCCAAAAGCGACCAAUCGAAGCGAAUGGUUUACCGCGAGCGCAAGGAGGUUCGUUCGGGUCUCACUUUAUGCGGCCGGGAGCGUUGGCAGAUGGCAAGCGCCGAACGAGUAUUGACCUCCCUGUUAUGGGUUCAACCGAGCCCCACAUUACCACGUCGACCCGGCGCUUACAGUACGCCAUGCAGGAAUUCAAGAGGGGACUUUGCCGACAAGCGCGCUUGA